UCUGAGAAUCCCAGCUCUUGGAUCAGAGGAUAACCAACAGCAUCUUCAAGCCUUAAGGACUCUAAUACUCACAGGCGAGUUUCAAUUAAGUUGCAUUGAAAUCUAGAGGUGCUUAUGGACGCCACCAUAUCAGCUUUUGAGAGAAUAAGGGCAAAGAGGGUGGGAAGGCUCUAGGCGAAUCUUAGCAUGAACGGCGUGGAACAGAGGAAGUGGACGAGCUCUGGAAGUUUAAGAUUGAGCAUAGAAGCCAAAUUCAUUGGAUAUUUUAAGUAAAGAAUGUCUCUCUACUCUGGAUCAUGCGAGUGUAUUCUAGGACGAACACGAACAUUCAGUAAAGGAGAGGCCACAAAUGUCAUUGCCAACCCAGUUGUUGUGGAAUUGGAAGAACAUUGUGUCGAAGCCCAAAACACGAUAGGCCUAUUUUUACAUCCAAUGAGACCUUGGGCUCAAUCCUAAGGUGGCUUUUGUCCGUGAAAUGAAGAUACGCAUCUAAUCUUGGGAAAUAAAUAUUCAAUGACGAGAAAAGGACAGAAAACAAGAACCGCACGAAACAAGGGAGAGGAAGAAGCCUCUUUAAGCUGACUAUCUAUCUUAACCACCUAAGCUUCUUGUCUUUUUCACACCCUUUAUAUAUAUAUAUAUAUAUAUAUAUAUAUAUUAAUUAUUUAUUGUUGUAAAAUCUGUCUCCGUGUUGUUCUCUUUGUUGGGUCCUCUCUUGCUUGCGUUGUUAACAGCCGAUGAGCCAUCGGAUCGUGAAGGAUCGUGUUGCUGUCGCCGGAGAUUCCGACGAGAACUUAGACCUCUUCUCCUCCAACCGCCGACCGGAUAGCUCCUUCGAUGUUUCGCUUAAAGCAGGAUGGGAUUCGCUCGAAGUGGCUAAAGUGGCAAAAGCAGGAGGGGAUGAUCUGAUGCCAGCGACAGACAGAGAGAAACAUGCUCAUGACCUAUUUCUUGGCCCUCCUGAAGCUCCUACGAGAACUCAACUCAGAUCAGUUCUAGCAGCUCAAAAGACAACCGCCCUGAAGGUCCGAUCGGUCUCCAAUGGGAGGGCAGCUGUGAAGACGGAGAGCAGCCUGUCUUCAAGACCAACCAGAAGCAAUUCAGCAACUUCUCCAGCUGUCUCCACUCGACAAGCCACUGCUUUCCCCACCGCUAGGUCCUCUUCAGCCCUUAAGAAGACAACCAUUGCUUCAACUUCAGCUUCAGCUUCAUCUCACAGAUCUCCUCCUUCGCUCCCACUUAAGUCUGUUCUUUCUGUCACGCGAUCCUCAACUCCCUCGUCUGUCAGAACACAAUCGCGAUCCUCAACUCCCUCAUCUGUCAGAACACAAUCAAGUUCCUCAACUCCCUUGUCUGUUAGAACACCAUCACGAUCAUCGACUCCUUCUUCAAGAACCCAUUCCAGGUCAGCCAUUUCUUCCGUUGCAAAAACAAGAUCAGCCCCAAACUCAAGAUCGUCGACUCCAAUUUCAAGACCUCAGCGCGCUGCCAAUUUAGCUGCAACUUCAAGUUCUCAUGUGUUGACCCGAACUGGUGAGAGUGUAACAUCGCGAUCAUCUGGUGGACAGAGAUCAGUUUCAGGAUCAAGGGCCAGCUCAGCAGGACAGAGUUUUUCAUCCCAUGAUUCUCCUCCUCAGACACCGCCACGGCUCAAAGCAACAGCCUCCACACCAAAACUCAGUGCUUCCUUAACCUCGAAGGAAACUAGACCCGCCUUAAACGCUGCAAGAGGAAGGAGUAAUGGACAUGAUUCUGAUAGAAAGGAUUUUCAGAAGGUUUCUUCAAGUGUCUCUAGAAAAGCAAGUGGACAGUCAUCAGCUGCGGACUCCUCCGGGUCUGGGAGGACAAUUUCCAAAUUUUCGCUUCAGACGGCUCUAAAGUAUAUGGACAUUCAAAAUGGGAAUGUGGGGAGACGUCCAUUUUCAAGCACAAAGCUGUACCCUCACAGCAUCAAGUCAUCAGCAGCAGCUUCCAAAGGCCAGAGUGGGGCAGAGAACAGAGACAAGUGUAGUACUUGUGGAGGAGACGAGGGGAUGAUAAGCUUAUUAGCGAAAGUGGGAAAGGGGGACAGAUACGACAGUGCACGUUACGAGACACUCUUGUUUGGUAAAGACGUGAAGGACACAAACUGGCUUCUUAGCAUCGACGAACCUUCAUCAGAUUCAGACCAGAGUCUCCUCUUCGACAACGGGUUUGAACCUCCUCCUGAGCCAUUUCCUCCUCUUUGAUGUAUUUUCUUGUUUACAUGUCUACGUCGUAUGUACAGCUUGAUAAAAAAAAAAAGAACUCUGUCUGGGAUGGAGAAAAACCAGUGGUUUCUCACGAUCCUUUCCGUAGA